AUGAGAAAGUGUAAGGUCUUUGUUGGUAAUUCCCAUCCUCAAUUGGGGAAACUUGUUUGUGAAAACUUGGGUAUUGAACCGGCUCCAGCAACUGCAAAGAAGUUUGCCAAUGGUGAGACUUCUGUCCAGAUCGGCGUGUCUGUGAGAGACGAGGACGUUUACAUCAUCCAAUCCGGCUCUCCAGACGUGAACGACCAUAUCAUGGAGUUGUUGAUUUUGAUUUCCGCUUGUAAAGGUGGUUCUGCUGCCAAAAUUACGGCGGUCAUUCCACAGUUCCCCUACUCUAAACAGUCCAAAAUGAAGAAACACAGAGGCGCAAUCACCGCUAGAAUGUUGGCAAAUUUGUUAGUUAUGGCUGGAGCAGAUCAUGUUGUUUCCAUGGAUUUACAUGCCUCUCAAAUGCAAGGCUUUUUCACAAAACCUGUUGAUAAUUUAUAUGCAGGUCCUACCUUGGCCAAAUGGAUCAAGGAAAACAUUGCAAAUUAUGGAGAUGCCGUUGUCGUUUCGAAAAACCCAGGUGGUACUAAGAGAGUCACUGCAUUGGCCGAUCAGUUAAAGAUCAAUUUUGCAAUGAUUCACACCGAUAGAAGAAGAAGCGUUGAUGAUUAUAAUGGCUUGAUGAAACAUAAGAACGCAUCUACCGUUUCCACCUUGGCCAAUGACAAUAUAAACGCAGAUAUCCAGACUGCCAGAAUUGUCAAGGGUCAUGUCAUUGAAGAUGAUGAAUCGGCAACUCCAACAUCGAUUCCUUUGAAGCCUCAUUUAUUACACAAGGAAUCAGAAUUGAACUUUGAAAAUAACAAUUCUGAUGAUGAAGAUGAACCAGAGUUCAAUGCAGAGGAAAAGUUGAUAACCUUGGUUGGUAACGUCCAAAAUCGUCCCGCUAUCAUUGUCGAUGACAUGAUUGACAAACAUACCUCCUUUAUUGCAGCUGCAGAACAUUUGAGAAUGAAUUGUGGUGCAAACAGUUGCUAUAUUGUUGCAACUCAUGGUAUCUUCAAUAAUGAUUGUUUGGAGAGGUUGGAUGAUUGUCCUUACAUUGACGGUGUCAUUGUCACAAACACCUACCCUAUCCCUGAAGACCAAAUGAAGAAAUGUAAGAAACUUACUGUUAUUGAUGUCUCUCCAAUCUUUGCAGAGUGUAUAAGGAGGGAUCAUUUUGGUGAGUCAAUUAGUGUUUUAUUCGAUUCAUUAGCUUCAAUUGUAUAG